GGCGGGUCCAAUGAACCGUCCCAGGAGGGGCGGACUCCGGGAGAAGGCGGCCGGAAGUCAGAGCGGUUUUGACAGCAGGGGACUGCGCGGAGGAGGCAGCGGAGACUGAACUGUCCGGGUCUGCAAGAAGCAGCUGCCUCAGGGACACUUCCCCAUGUGCAUCAUCUUCUUUAAGUUUGACCCUCGUCCUGUUUCCAAAAAUGCAUACAGACUCAUCCUAGCGGCGAACAGAGAUGAAUUCUACCAUCGACCAUCCAAACUGGCUGAUUUUUGGGGCAGCAACAAUGAGAUCCUUAGCGGUCUCGAUAUGGAAGAAGGUAAAGAAGGAGGGUCAUGGCUUGGGAUCAGCAAGAAAGGGAAGCUGGCAGCCCUGACAAAUUACAUGCAGCCAAAACUUGAUAAAGACGCCAAAGGCAGAGGUGAGCUCGUCACCCACUUCCUGACCACGGAAGUGGACAGCUUCUCCUACCUGAAGAAAAUCUCCUCGGAAGCGCACCUGUACAACGGCUUUAACUUGAUAGCUGCCGAUUUAAACACCAUCAAGGGAGACAUAUUUUGCUACUAUGGAAACCGAGGUGAGCAAGAGCCUAUCGUAUUAACGCCGGGUGUGUACGGGCUGAGCAACUCCCUUCUGGAGACGCCGUGGAAGAAGCUUCAGUACGGGAAGCAGCUCUUUGUGGACGUCAUCGACCAAAGCCAGGACCUCACCCGAGAAGACCUGAUCGGUGAGCUGCUCAAAGUGAUGAAUAAUGAGGAAUGCCAGUUGCCAGACCCUGCCAUAGAGGACCAGGGCAAGGACUACAUCCUGCCCAUCCUGAAUAAGUACGCGGCUGUGUGUGUGCGCUGCCCGGGCUACGGCACGAGAACAAACACCAUUGUUCUCAUCGACGCUGAAGGGAACGUCACUUUCACGGAGCGCAGCAUGAUUGAUGAGGACGUCAACCAAUGGAAGACCAACACCUACCACUUCCAGCUGCAGAAUGAAUAACUUUGCACCUGACUGGGCACUGAUGAAAGGAACGGGAGAGACAGAGGCCGUGGGGAGCUGCUUGAGCGCCGCCCCGCCCUUUGCACAGCCCCCGAGAGAAAAUCCCCAGCCAGAUUUGCCCUGCCUUUCCAAAAUGUAUUUAUUGCCUCCUUAGUAUUCCCCGUGAGUGUCCAGUGCUGAGCCGGCCUAGAGUUGCUGCUGAUGGCGACAGAAAUCAGCCGCUUGGUGCCUCCUUAGCCGGUCCCUCGCGCUAGCCGAGGCGCAUGUGAAUGGAGCCCUAGCUUUCCCCAAGGAUCUGUGCGGUGACCCCCUGACCCCUCUCCCUCCCCUUCACCCCCCAGGGUCUCUGAGCAUGGAGAAGGGCGGAGCAGUGGAAGGGGCCGCCGGGUUUUCCAGGCCCGACUUUCCCUCCCAAGUACAGUUUCCCACUUGGCUCUCCUGCCGGCUUACCCUGAUCUUUUUUUAAUUAAGUCAAAACCGUAGGGAACCUUUGGGUGAACACCACACGACUUCGCUCAUCUGGUUCGCAUAGGCCCCUUGGUAUCCCUUAAUCACGGACGAUAAACUUCCAAUGAAGUCGAGGCGAGAGCCAGCUCCGAAAACCCCGCCAAAGCCGGGGCGAGGAGCCCCGGCAGACAGCGGGGGGCUGGCGGAGGCCUGGGGAGAGGCGGGCUUCCUGCACGGCCCUCCCCAUCCGGAGCGUCCGGGCCGGUUCGGAGCUCCCGCUGGGACGCUGCCCGCUCGGGCCGGGCCGCUCCGGCCGCCGGUGGACACGAGGGCCUGCUCCUCAGGGGACCGCUGCCAGCCAGGGCCGCGGGCCUCCGGGAGACAGGAAGUCCGUAGCAGGACGGCUGGGGAUCUGACAAUAAAAUACGUGUUCCGAACGGA